CAUGGCAACUGAGAGACAACAAAAACCGUUUUCACUAGUUACUACAGCCUCAAAGUCUGUUUCGUACAAAUUCAAGAAAACAAAAUGAGCUUGGUCUUAAUUUAAGGUUAGGGUCAGACAAUGUUAGCAGGUUGGUGAAAGUUAGGGUUAGGUUUAAAAUCCAAUUUCAAGAAGAGAGAUUGUAGAAAUAGGCGGGGUUUAUGACUUUGUGGCUGCAGUAACUAGUGAUGACAAAAAAACGGCCAUAAAUCAGCGGAGAAGAAUAACAAAAGCAGAGACUGACGGUAAGAUUUGUGGAAAACUAGUUAGCUACAGUAAUUAGCGAACCCAGCAAUCAAGGGUUAGUUGAAGUUUAACGUUGUUGUUUCAAAUACUGUUAAUCAACGCCAUAUGCCAACUUUACGCUUCACCGUCCGAAGUGCGAGAAAGUCGUGGUUGCUGAAGAAGUGAGCAAGUUAGACUUUGUUUUCUGUAAACAUGUGUUCUUCAGGGAAAGGGAGUGAGUGUCUGUGUGAAACUCCAUAGAGGUAAGUACAGUGACUGAUUUUGUUUAUAAUGCUACCAGCGUCCUGUUUGGUCAUGGGAGAAGUCUGUGUGCGCGUUGCUGUUCGGAUCAGACCUUUGCUUCCCAAAGAGGUGCUACACAAUCAUCAGGUGUGUGUGCGCGUGGUGCCCGACAGCGCCCAGGUGAUGCUGGGAAGCGACCGAACCUUUUCUUUUGACCACGCCUUUGGACCGACUGCAUCGCAGGAUCAGUUUUACGAGUCAUGUGUCAAACCUCUGGUGGCAUCCCUCGUUGACGGCUACAAUGCUACAGUGUUCGCUUACGGACAAACCGGUUCUGGGAAGACGUACACCCUUUGCGGGGGACAUGUUGCAUCUCUGGUGGAGGAGGAAAGUGGGAUCAUUGGUCAGGUUGCAGCAGAUCUGUUUGUGCUCCUGGGGGAGAGGAGGGCUGCAGACGUCAGGGUGUCCUACGUGGAACUGUACCGGGAGGAGCUCAGGGACCUGCUAGAGCUCCACACCGCACACAGAGAGCUACACAUCAGAGAGGACGACAGGGGCAACACAGUUGUGGUGGGGGCCAGAGAGACUGUGAUUACCUCAGCUGAGGAGUUGCAGAGUGUCCUGGAGGCUGGCAAUGCCCUGAGACACACUGGCCCCACUCAGAUGAAUGAGCGCUCCAGCCGCUCUCACGCAAUUGUCACCGUGCAGUUGACGCAGCAUAACCACAACGACGGCUCUGUCCGCUCCUCUAAACUCCAUCUGGUGGAUCUGGCUGGGUCGGAGCGGGCUGCGCGCACUGGAAACACAGGCCUGCGCCUCAAAGAGUCUGUCCACAUUAACACCGGCUUGCUGGCUCUGGGCAACGUCAUCCGUGCACUCUCUGACCCCCAUCGCCGUGGCAACCAUGUGCCGUACCGUGACGCCAAGAUUACACGCCUCCUCCGGGACUCACUGGGUGGCUCCGCCCACACACUCAUGGUGGCCUGCGUCAGCCCCUCCCACCACAAUGUCACGGAGACGUUGAGCGUGCUGCAGUUUGCCUCACGGGCACGCCACGUGAAGAACCAGCCUGGGUUGUGUCCUGCCAGGGCAUGUCCGGGCUGGCAGCCUGGAGAGGCUCGUGUGGAGGAGCUGGAGCAGGAAGUCCAGACUCUGAGAGAGGCACUGAGAAAGAGGGAUAAGACAGGGGGAGGGGUCUUUAUGACUGACAGCGCCAAACAGACCCCUCAGGAAGAGCGUGACCACAGGGGUGUGGGCCUAGUGGAGGAGCACCAGUACUGCUGCCUUGCACAGGACGCUGCCUUCAUAUUGAAGGAGCUCCAGAGUUCCACCCUGAGUCCUGCUCUGCAGCACUGCUUGCAGGAAUGGCUGGGGAGACACGAGGAGCUUAGCCAUUCCUGCCACACUGAUCACCAGCACCCUGUGGGGGACACAGGGGACAAGCCUCACCACAACACCAUCCUCCAGCUCAGACGAGAGCUCAGGAAGUGCCAGGAUACUCUGGCUAUAGACGAGCAGGUGUUUGACCAGAGGGAGGCAGAGCUGCAGCAGGUGCAGAGGCAGGUGCAGACACUGCUACAGGAGAAACAGAGACACCUCCAAUCCUUACAGGAGGAGAGGGAGCACAGAUGCAAACAGAGCGAGCAGCUGGUAGAGCAGCAGCUGUUAAUCGAUCGUCUCCGCGGUGACCUCCUGACCUCCAGGAUGGCAUCCUCGGGAGCCUCGCUGGAAACCGGGGCUUCUGGGAAGUCUGUGAAGAGACCUCACAGUGUUCCCCUGAUCAGCCAAGGCCAUUGUGGUACAAGGAAGAUCCACACUAGUCCUCCGGCCUGUUCGUUGGAGAGGGUGAUGGCUGCCUUUAAGACCCGCAGUCAGCUGCUGCUGGCACAGAUAGAAGAGAGAGACGAGGUCAUCUGCCCACAAAGAGAACAGGAGGAAGCGGAGGAGGAGGAGGAGGAGGAGGGUCAAGGGGGGAGUAAGGCUUUCAGGCGCUCUAUGAACCGCACAUGGACGAGCAGACCGAACCCAGCCUGUUUUAACCAGAACCAGACGCAAAAUACUCAUUUGAACCAGAUUCAGGAUGGGCUCCAAUUACCUCAACCGUCAAAACUCCCUACAGAGCGCGAGGAGCACAGAGUGAGGCGGAGUCAGACAGUGAAUCUGCAGCGCCUACAGCAGGCGGAGACACAGACCAGUGGCUCCAGGGAUCUAUACAGGACCAAGGACCUGGGGACAGACAACAUGGCUGUCUUUCAAAAUGGAGCCUGUAAAGACUCGGAGGAAAAGCUGCCUGAGAGACGCACGUGGCUGGAGCAAGAGGAGGAGCGUGCUCUGCAGAGGAGGAGGGGCCUGCAAGAGCUGGAGGAGGAGCUGAGGCACAGAGAAGAAGUGCUGCAGCACCGAGAGGCCUGUGUCCAGGAGAGGAAACAGCUGCAGAUCAAGAGGCUCCGCUCCAGCCAGGCUCUGAGUCAGGACUUGCUGCGAGUGUCGGCUCGUCUGGGAGCUUUGGAUCAGGAGCUGGAGGAGAGAGGAGGUGUAAGGAGGAGACUGUCCUCCCCGGCAGCAGGGCUGUGUGGAGUGUCUAUGGAGGAGCUGCUGAAGGAGAGGGAGAGCCUGCGUCUGAGGAGGGACACCCUGGACACACAGCUGAGAAACGGCAGGGUGCUCAUGCCAGAGGAGGAGCAUGCUCUGCUGCAGUUGGAGGAGGCCCUGGAGGCGUUGGAUGCUGCUGUAGAGUUUAAGAACCGUUCCAUCCAGGAGAGACAGAGAGAGCUCGGGGACACAUCUAACCCUGCCCAUGGAGAUGAAGACGAUGACAUCAUGAGGGCGCUAAGGGAGCUGCCGCUUCCAGAGGCCUCUGCACUGUUGGUCAAAUACUUCAACAAGGUGGUGUGUCUGAGGGAGUCGGAGCAGCAGCUGCAGCUGCGCUGUGAAGAGCUGGAGCUGCAGAGUGGAGAGCAGGAGGCAGUGACCAGGGAGAUGGAGGCAGCUCUACAGCGCCUCACUCUGGACACAGACCGGCGGCUCACUGAGCAGCAUCGAGAGCACCAACAUAGCAUACAGUUACUACUGCAGCAGUGCCGAGAGGGAGGCUCAGGGAACAGUGGUCAGGCGGUCCAGGCUAGGCUGCAGCAGCUGGAGAGAGACCUGUUCUUCUAUAAGAGCUCCAGUCGUGAGCUGAAGAGGAAGCUCCGAGAGCUGGUCACCAAAUCGCUCCCCCCCCAGGCUCCAGACCUGCAGACUCAGGGCAGGAAGGGGGCCAGUGAUGGAGCAGGGGACAGCCCCAGCCUGCAGACUCCCAGAGUGGAGCUGGCCCCUGUCCGUCUGUCCCGUAGGGAGCUGAGGCAGCUCUCACCCUCUGACCCCCGCAGCACUAGGGUGCGCUCUACCAUGAGGGCCAGUAGAGGCUCAUUCCAGGAGGACUCCAUUGAAGUGCCCAGAAACACUUACUGACCAGGAGGCUCGAGCACAUAUCAACCACUUUUUUCAUUCGUCCACACUGAUCUAGAAGAAGAGGUCAGGUGAAUCUAAGUCAAAUAAGAUCAAUGUGGAUGAAGGAGAGGAGACAAGGAACAGAAGCCACUAACUGUGAAACUGUUGAGACACGUCAAAUGAUUCCACGGAGUGAAAACCCUCUCUGCACUUUACACCACUAAAGUCUGACUGAAUUGCACUUCAAACUGCAGACUCAUCAGUUAGUCAGAGAUAGAUGAGCCCACAGCUAAAUUGAUAUCAAAAUAAUGUGUAUUAGAAAUGUUUUUUUAAUGUUUAAAUUAUUUUACUUUUAAAGAUUUCUUUGUUUAUAAGAUAGUGUGUUGGCUGUGUUCUAGACCCUCGGGCCACUCCAAACUCUAAAGCAAGCCACUGGUCAUUCAUGCAAUAUAAUUUACCUGUGAUUUACUCUUUCUUUGUGUGUGGUUUUGGUUAUUUAAGUGUUGAACAACUGUUGACAUCAAAUUGAUUGGAUCAAACCUGUUUAUUUGCAUAAUUCACCAAUUCAAUCUACAUUUGUCUUUGCAGACUCCUGUUUAAUGUUAAAGGUGCAACUUACAAUAGUUACUGCUGUCCAAUGGUCAUUUUAAUUACAGAUACCCAUUGAUUCUUGAAAAAUAUAACUUAUACAUGUAUAUAACUAAUAUAUUGGUCUUAUAUCAUAUUCCCACAAAUUUUAGUCUGAUCUCAAGUAGCAUGGCUGACACACAAGGCUAGUGAUCCACCACCACCCCUCAAACAGUUUUUGUUGCAAAACAAAAAGCUUUAGGAUCCAGUAGGCCUCAAAAUAAAAAAAUAUAUAUUCAAAACGUCA